AAGUUCUCUAUUUAUUCUUCUGAACGUUGGUAAGGUCAGUUGUUUACAGUAGAUUUUCACCCAUAAUCAUAUUUGUGUGUGUGUGUGUGUGGAUUGCUUAUGUUUCUGUGUUGAAACUUUAAAAAAAACAAAUCAAUAUUUGGUAUAUUUGAUAGAACAACAAAACAGUUUUUUUUUGCCUAAACUAUUAAAAAGGUGAUUUUUUUUUUUUUUUUUUAAAGAAGAGAUUUGUUUGUUACAGAGUUAGGGUUAGGGUUUAGGGUAAAAUUGCAUCCAGAAAUAAGAUAAAAGUAAACUAAGCGUCAGUGGUUAAAAACUAAGAACGUCAAUAAUAAGCCAAGAGCUCAAUAAUUAACCUGUUUGAAGCGCCUGCGCUAAAAUCCAAAAAUUCAAUGUUUGCAGCAAACAAAAAAUGUCGAGCACUAAAUCUUAGGCCACCGUCAGCGCGGAAGUCAAUACACCAGAUCUCGUUGACGCCCAUGAAAUGGCGACUGGGUAGAUAGCUGCCGGUUCUAUUUCCCGAACUUCGAUAAAAACCACCUGCAAUCAAGUGGCAGUGAAGCAUGGGGGGAAAACACACUUCAAAUCUGUCAUGGGCUUUUCUGUUGGUUUAAAAGCGUAUUGAGAUUGUUACAAAAAAGUUAUAUUCAUUUGGACAGUGGGCAGACGUAACGACUAGCCACGAUCGUUGAAAUCAAUACAAUAGGGACCUGCUUAUCGAUAAAACAACUUAGAAACGCAACCAUGGGCACAGAGAGAUGGAACAUCAUUCACCUACCAAUUUAUUUAAUUAUGGAGGCAAACACAACAUUUUAUUGUAACAAAAAAUCACUCAAAUUUUUAGUCACAAGGCUCCCAAAACUAUGUAAUGUGGUGCCCAGGGGAGGCGCGGCUUCCUCAUAGGGGCGCCACGAAUUGGGGGAAAAAAUUCCUUAAAGUUUGCUAUUUAUUUCAUAGCGCUCUUGUGGAAGUAUGAAACAAGGUAACUUUGAUAAACACGGCGCAGGGCGUCUUUGAAAAAUAUGACAAAGGGCGUCUUUGAAAAACGUGACGCAAGGCGUCUUUGAAAAUUAUGAAUCACGGCACGUUUGAAAAAUAUGAAUGCAGCAAGGCUGUUCUGACUUUCGAAAAAAUUUGAGAGCCGCUGUUUUAUUCGCUACUCCAAAAUCAUUCGGAUUGCCAUGCGUGGUUUCAACACCGUUCCAUUGGGGAAAGAUCUCGCUAAAUAAAUUAGAACAUUAGAUUAUAUGAGUCAGCCUAUGGGCGAGUAUGUCAUCGUGACAUUUAACGGCUAGGUGUGAAUCCCAUUUGCCAGCUUGAAAUAACAUGAACUUGCACCCUCCGAUAAACACGCGCAUCUGUGCCAUAUUCUAGAUCCACCUCUGAGUCUGUUCCUAUAGCCACGCACCUACAACAGCAGGUAUAUAGUUCAAUCAGCCUACCAAACAAUGAACUACCCACCUACAACAGCAGGUACCUAGUUCUAUCACCCUAACAAACAUUUACGUACCCACCUACAACAGCAGGUACGUACUUCUAUCAGCCUACCAAACAUAGACGUACCCACCUACAAAAGCAGGUACGUACUUCUAUCAGCCUACCAAACAUUAACGUACCCACCUACAAAAGCAGGUACGCAGUUCUAUCAGCCUACCAGACAUAGACGUACCCACCUAAAACAGCAGGUACCUACUUCUUUCAGCCUACCAAACAUAGACGUACCCACCUACAACAGCAGGUACCUAUUUCUAUCAGUCUACAAAACAUAGACGUACCCACCUACAAAAGCAGGUACGAAGCGCUAUCAGCCUACCAAACAUAGACGUACACACCUACACCAGCAGGUACCUAGCUCUAUCAGUCUACCAAAAAUACACUCAUCUACCAUAAAUUAACCCCCCCCUCACCCACCUUUUCCACUUUUUUCUCCUCCACACCCGAUAUUGGCAUUGAGGACACAAUCGAUUGCACGCCUCUAUGGCCAAGACUGAGCCGUUUACAUCAUUUCAGUUUCAUUUCUCUACAUACGAACUGACAGCCACAGUCUGUUCACCGUCGGGUGUAGCAAUCUGUAGCGAUGCCUGUUGUGUUCCGGGUUCAAGUGCUUAUGUAAGAAGGUUUUCAUGUGUCAGUCAUUCGAGGAGUCAAAUAGUUUUUUAACUGGCUGGUCAUGCGUUUAAAAAUGCAUCAGGUUUUUAUUAAUUUUUUUUUGUGUUAAAAACGAGAACGUGUAAUCGAUUUACGAUAAACCAAACAAAAGCUUGAGAUAUGAAAUAAUAAUAUUAAUUAAAUGCACACUCAUAAUUUUUUACUAUUGUAAAAUAUGACUAAGAGCCAGAAGAUAUGAUUUGUACAAUGUUCAUACUGAGUACAGUGUACAGUUGUCAAGAAAGAAGUAAGUAGAAAUCAGUUGCCUUUUUUUGUGUUUAUAUCGAACGUGUUGAUGGCCAGGAAAUAUCAAUCCAAUCAUUAAAAAUAUGUCUUCUUUUUUUUCUGACUUUAUAAUAUUUAUCUCUUCAAGCUUGUCUUUCCUUUGAUGCAUCUCUUAAAUCUUUAAUUUUGAUGAUUAUAUCUAGUCUAACAAUCUUUCAUUUCGUUUUCUUUAUUCUGAUACUAACUUUUUAAACUGUAUGAUGUAUUACUUUUAGAAUUCCAUGACUUUAUUUUCCAAGUCUCCGAGUGGGAGUUACCUUACGAAUGUUAACCUACGAAUGUUACCCUAGGAUCGCAUCAUUUAGCCAACGCGUUGGCAUUACAUUCGAUACAUUCCGCUUAACCAAAAAUAAAAAAAAUAAAUCAUGUUACAUUAUUAACUUAUCGUUUGUUGUCUAGUGGUCCUUGACACGUGCAGCACGCAUAGAAGCCUUCCUAGGUGUGUCAUUAAAAUUGUGUCGUCGUUUGUAUUGUCAAGUAGUCAACAAGGAAAACGCCCAUUUAUUUCAGAAGAAUUUACGGUUUUUCUUUUUUAUGUCUCCAAGUUAAAUUAAACUCUACGAUCAUGCCCUAUAACAAACACAUUAACCACCGCCAACCCAAACAACCACACAACCACACACCCAACGCACAACGGGUUGCUGCAGUAGUUCAUUAACGAGUGCUAAUCAAUGUAUGGAUGACGGAGCAACGGUCAGUUUAAUAUUCCUAGUAAAUGUAUUCUUAAAUUAUUGUGUAUGCACGCUUACGUUUAGAUUUGCGCACUUCUUCAUCUCUUUAUAUUAUAGUAAACCUGACCAUCUGAGGAUCACAAAAAUCGAUGGUUGUGUAGCAGAAAAUUGGUUUCCUGUUUCAAUUAAGAGUUCUCAAAUGAUUACUUAUAUUUGUCAAAGGAAGCCAAUCAAUACAACACAAUCUGAGAUACGACCGAUUGCACCGGCGUCAAUGAGCAAACUAGUCAAAAGUGGUGUCAAAGCCAUUCAUUUUACUAUUCCGCAGUUAAUGGUGUCCAUUACUAAAGUUCUUUUGUUUCUUUGAAUGUUGCUAUUUUAGGUGGUGACAACAUGACAGAUGGUGGCAGCGUGCUAGGGGAGGACAUUUCCUCUCCUGCUGGCUUUACCAGGUUUGAAAAUGCGACAGUCGGCGCCCUCUAUAUGCUCUUUUGUAAGUUUUAUGAGUUGUGCCCAAAAAAAAGUUAUCGCCUUUAAACGUUUUAGGCAAACGAUAGAGACAACAUUGGAUGCUAAAAGCCUUGAUGCAAUACAAAGUUGUCAUUUAUAGAUAAAUUGUGGGGAUAAAAAUCACAAUAUUUAGCGAUCUACGCAUUUAACAUUUUAAAAAGAUCUAAUUAAUUUUUUUUUAAAUGUUGUAAUCUCACUCUAAGUCGAAGUCUCAUGUCUUUGAGUCAUCCAAAUGUUGUGGGAGGUAACCGUCUGUGUUCAUGUCAGAUAAUGUUUUUAGAAAAUUGAAUUUGUUCAAUGAUUGCAAAUCAGCUUACAAUUUCUAUUUGUUUUAACGCCAAAAAUUUCCUUUAAGUUUAAAGUGUAUAAAGUAAAUAUCAGUGAUGGUUGUUAGCACAAGGUUCAUUGGGGUAAACAUCUCUUUUGUAAGUCAUGGUACGUGCGCCUCGAGUUCACGUCAGCCGUGAGUUGAACUUGGUGCAAAUGUCCCGGCAACGCUAAUUGGCGUCGCUCUAGGUAAUACAAAUUUUAAGAUUAAAUGUGCCUAAUAUAGCUCAGUGGGCGAGGACUAGGCCGUUCCGAGCUGGCGGUCAAUAGACCAGUCGCUUGUCUAAUGGCACAAUUAUUGGGGUUUUUACUUAAUUGCCACUCAUGUUUAGCUUUGGUCAAAUGGAAAUGAAUUGUGACGGAAUGAGUUUAGUGUUAUGUUAGCUUAUGGGCCUAGAGACUUGUAAGACGAGUAAAGUGGCAAAGUAAAAGACAUGUCUCAACACGGUAUUGAUUCCUUAUCUAUUGUAAACAUCAGCUUCUAUUUUUUUUUAAAACAUGUAGGAUUUUUACACUCCCCUACCGUCAAGUCAGAAGUACCUCAAUAAAAACAAGAUAGGGAGGGAAUGUAUUUAUUAGAACAGAGACACAUUUAAUGUAUGCUAUGGUCUAAAACAUGGACACAAUUAAUGUAUGCUAGUGUCUAAAACAUGGACACAUUUAAUGUAUGCUGUGGUCUAAAACAUGGACACAUUUAAUGUAAGUUGUGGUCUAAAACAUGGACACAUUUAAUGUAUGCUAUGGUCUAAAAUUGGGACACAUUUAAUACAUGCUGUGUUCUAAAACAUGGACACAUUUAAUGUAUGAUAUGGUCUAGAACAUGGACAAAUUUAAUGUAUGCUUUAGUCUAAACCAUGGACACAUUUAAUGUGUGCUGUGGUUUUAAAACAUGUACACAUUUAAUGUAUGCUAUGGUCUAAAACAGCGGUUCUCAACCUGUGGGUCGCUUAUAUUCCUUGACCACUUACAGCUUCUAUUUCUUGACCACUUCUAUUCCUUAACUACUAUUAGCUUCUAUUCCUUAACAACUUAUAGCUUCUAUUGCUUGACUACUUAUAGCUUCUAUUUCUUGACCAUUUACAGCUUCUAUUCCUUGACCACCCAUAGCUUCUAAUUCCUUGACCACUAACCAACAGUUUCUAUCUGUUAACCGCUAACACACAUCUUCUAUUCCUUGCCCACUAACUACUAGUUUCUAUCCCUAUAUCGCUAAACAGCAGCUACUACUCCUUAACUGCAAAUGAACAGCAUCUACUCAUUUGCCACUAAACAACAGCUAAUAUUAAUUGCCCAGUUAAAAGUUUUACAAUGUAUUUGGAAUUUGAACAAAAGAAAUUGGUUCAAAGGAAAAUGGACAUGUUUUCGUACAAAUUUCCGUUAACCCUAAAAAUAGCUUCCAGACAUUGUGCAACCAGCCAAUGGCCUAUAUCGAUAUGUUCUUUAAAUUUCAUAUAACUUAACCUUAAGUUAUAAAUUGUGUUGUUUUUUUUUUAAACUUUAGGUAUUGUAGGAGUUACCACAAAUUUCCUAACGGCCUUGACCUUCUACAAGGACACCAAGCUGCUGACCAACAGCAAGCCAUGGUUACACAUUUGUCUAUCUGUGGCCAACAUGGCCGUUGUUGCACCGUCACCGUUUCCAGCUUCGUCCAGUUUUAGUGGCAGGUAAAGUGUGAGUGGCAGGUGUGGUGUUAGUGGCAGGUAUGGUAUUAGUGUCAUAAAUAGUGUUAGUGACAAGUAUAGUGUUAGUGGCAGGUAUGGUAUUAGUGGCAGGUACAUUUUUAGUGGCAUGUAUAGUGUUAGUUGCAGGUGUAGUGUAAGUGACAAGUACAUUGUUAGUGGCAGGUACAGUGCUAGUGGCAGGUUUAAUGUUAGUGGCAGGUGCAGCAUGAGCGGAAGGUAUAGUGUUAUUGGCAGGUAUAAUGUCAGUGAAAGGUAUAGUGUUAGUUGCAGUUAUAGUGUUAGUAGCAGGUAUAGUUUUAGUGGCCAGUACAUUGUUAGUAGCAGGUAUAGUUUUUGGGAAGGUAAAUUGUUAGUAGCAGGUAUAGUUUUAGUGGCAGGUACAUUGUUAGUAGCAGGUAUAGUUUUAGUGGCAGGUACAUUGUUACUAGCAGGUAUAGUAUUAGUGGCAGGUACAUUGUUAGUAGCAGGUAUAGUUUUUGGGCAGGUAAAUUGUUAGUAGCAGGUAUAGUUUUAGUGGCAGGUACAUUGUUAGUAGCAGGUAUAGUUUUAGUGGCAGGAACAUUGUUAGUAGCAGGUAUAGUUCUAGUGGCAGGUGUAUAGUUAGUGGCAGGUAUAGUUCUAGUGGCAGGUACAUUGUUAGUAGCAGGUAUAGUUCUAGUGGCAGGUGUAUAGUUAGUGGCAGGUAUAGUUCUAGUGGCAGGUGAAUUAUUAGUUCUUACAGAGAAAAUGGCUAUUUUUUAAAAAUGUUUGUGUACAUUUAAAUAUUGUUCUAUUAUUAUUUAUUAUUCCUAGGGACCUUUUAAAAAAUUGCAUUUCAUCAUUGUGUACACGGUAGACAUAAACACAUUCAUUAUUGUGUUGGUCUUUUUUUUAAAGUUAAAAUCAAGUUUAGUUAAAGAUCUUGACUACAUUGUAUGUGGAUCGUUUACAGUUAAUAUGAGCUUAGAGUAUAAUUUUAUAUGUAAUUAAAGUAUAUUUUUUUAUUAUAAAAGUUGAUAUCUGUAUAAUAAAACCACAAUUCUGUAUGAUAAAAGCAUAAGUCGGUAUGUUAUGUAGAGCUUGUUUAGAAAACUUUCCUCGUGCGUGCACUCUGGUUGACCCCACAUGAGACACUACGUUCAUAGAUGGGCGUGGCUUAGUCUUUUGAUCUGUCGUGUUUAUUGCCGACAGCAACUAAAAAUAAUUAAUUUGUUCUCAGUGGUGUUUUGUCCAAUGUUCGCGAUUGUAUUAGAAAAGUAAAGGCGUUUCUGGACGCGUUGGUAGUCCCACUAUAUAAAAAUAAAGUGUUUCGGAGAUAGAGAGAGCUUCAGAUAGACGGAGAUAGAUAUUAUUAACUUUAUGAGACAAUUGUAUUAUUCUGUAUGUGCUCAUAUGUGUUUAUUCGCAUUCAUCAUUCAUCAUUAUUAAUUGGCACAUUGUACUAAUUGUGUACCGGUACAAGAUUUUCCGAUACUCUGUAAGUUGAUGAUUUGUAAUUAUAUUUCUUUUGUUUUGUAAGUGUGUCAUUACUAAAUUAAAUCUUAUUCAUUGUAAUUGGCAACUGUUUUGGGUGACGUAAUUUUGUUAUUGUAUUUCUCUAUGGUAUCGUCCUUUGUUAGGCACUGUGUGAACGAGCCAUAACUUAAAACAAGAGAUUAAUUUCUCACAAGAGAAGCCAGUGAGUAACACAGUAUGAUAAAAGUAUAUUUCUGCAUGAUUAACGUAUAUUUCUGUAUGAUAAAUGCAUACUUUUUUAAAGGAAUCAUCCCAUGGAAUACGCAUCAUCGCUUUGUUCAAUGUGCACGAACGUGACAGUGGUGGGUGGUAACUAUUUUUUUAUCAGAAUAUUAAAUACCCACAACCUCCCCCCAACCCAUAAAUGACACCAUCCUUAUCAUCGAAUGCUUCAUUUCUGCUAUGAACAGAUGGCUGUACGGAAACACCAUGUGCCAGGCCUACGCCUUUGAAGGGAUGUUCGUGGGAAUCGUCGCUAUUGGCACAGUUAUUGCCCUUUCUAUAGAGCGGUACAUUGUCGCCACCAAGGCCAACGCUAGUGAGUCUAAUAGAGUUAAAGGUACAUAGUCGCCACCAAGGUCCACCCAAGUUAGUUAAAUUAAAAUUAGUGGUACAUUGUCGCCACCAAGUCAAGCGCUAGUGAGUCUAAUAGAGUUAGCGGUACAUAGUCACCACCAAGUCAAGCGCUAGUGAGUCAAAUAGAGUUUGUAGUACAUAGUCGCCAACAAAUGAAACGUUAGUGGGUGAUGUAGAAUUAGCGGUCCAUUCUUGCCACCAGGGCCAACGCUGGGGAGUCAAGAGGAUUUAGGGGUAUUUAGUCGCCCCAAGCCCAAGGCUGGUGAGUCAAAUAGAGUUAGUGGUACAUAGUCACCCCAAGUCCAAUGCUAGUGAGUCAAAUGGAGUCAGUGGUACAUAGUCACCCCAAGUCCAAUGCUAGUGAGUCAAAUAGAGUUAGUGGUACAUAGUCACCCCAAGUCCAAGGCUAGUGAGUCAAAUAGAGUUAGUGGUACAUAGUUGACACCAGGCCAACGCUGGUGUUUAAAAUUGAAAUGCUCCGUCAAACUGUUGCGGUGUAAAAAUGCUUGCCAAGAUAAUUAAUUUUUGUUCUUGUUCCAUUUUUUUUUCAGUUUGAAUGCUAUAGUUAUGACAAUAGGAAAAAAUUAAUCAAUCUCGGUUAUGGCUAUUUAUUUAUUUAUUUAUUUUUUUAAUUUUUUGUUUUUAAAGGAAGAAGAGGGUAUGACUUGAAAAUAUACGUUUUUUUGUUUGUUUCUGUUUAGAUGGGAAUUUAAAAAAAAUUAAAAUUAUUUUUUUUAAAAAUAUUAUUUCUUUUUAAUCCAUUAUAUUAGCUUCGCUUUUUUUCAUGUGUUUGUUAAACACUUAUGCUUGGGGCGGCUAAUUGAUCAUUUUCCCGUUAGCUACAGAGCUGAAACUUGGCACAUGGACUUGCUAGCGAUGAAAACACACUCUUUCAAAUUUACACCUCUAACUCCCCAACCUCAAAACUCAAAAAUCUGUUUUAACGCUGCCAGAUGCCAUUGAGUUCACGAAAUUUAAUUUCCGAUUACUGCACUAAAUGAUGUUCAACAGUUUUAACAUAAAAUAGUACGCUCAAAUAGAAAUUUGACGCAAUUUUGACAAAAAUUUGAUCGUGUGAACUGACGCUAAGUCUUGCAGCCCAUAAAAAAAAGUUAUAAUGCGUUAUGUUUAAUUUUAAAAAAAAAGUCGUUGAGAAAUGUAGAACUUAUAACUUUCCCUCGCAUCUCCUGCAAGGUUGGGAAAUACUGAUGAAAAUAACGGCGCUGCAACCGAAAUUGUCCACCAAGGUAACCGUCAAUCUACCAUGGCUGGGAAUUAAUCCAACCACAAUAUCUCUUUUCCGUUUCAGAGGACGGUACAGAUUGGUUCUACACAUGGGCGAUACUGUUGGUCGUCGGUAACGGGUUCUUCUGGGCUGUGAUGCCGUUGUUGGGCUGGAGCAAGUAAGUCUCGCCACUCUUGCCUUGUGGGGCCUUUGUAAGGCAAGUUAUCACGCAUGACCGGCAAAUCAAAGGGUCUUUACAUGGCGUUCAAGUAAAGACCAUCGCACGUUAAAAGUUGCGAUCCCAAAAUGAUUCUGGCUCCGCUUUCUUUCUGUAAAUCCAGGUACACUAUUGAGCACUCAGGUACAUCGUGCGCCAUAGACUGGAAAAACCCGGAUGAGAGCUACAUCUCCUACAUCCUAAGCUUAGAGAUCUUCUCCUUCUCCCUCCCCAUGGCCGUGGGAUUCCUGUGUCUCUACGUAGCCAGUGGUCAGUCCAAGAGUCAUCAGGUGGGCGCUCCUACAGGUGGAGAGGGCUCAAGUUCCAGUCAGGCGGAGCUCUCCAUCGAUCAAAGAACAGUGGCGUUUUCAGAAAACCAGCUGCAGUCGGUAUGUUGUGAAGAAUUGAAAUUUUAUAAUAAAGUUGUCAUAGUUAGGUAUUCCUUGCAAUAAAAUGUGUUAAAAGGCCAACAAUUAUUAAUGAACCAAAAUGACACAAAGUGUUCUCCACACCUAAAAGUAAUCGUUCUCAAAGUAUAAAUAAAAUAGAACAUCAUUUUUAAUUGUAUAGAUUUGUUCAAGGCACUGCUCUUUAAAGCUUAUAUGCUAUGAGGACAAGCAGCACGCUUUGCGCAUUCGUAAAUUACAAGGAUAUACAUUUUUUUUUUACAAGUUACAAACAUCAGGGUCUAAGGGUUUUAGCUAAAGAAAAACCUUAAAAAAAACGACUACUGCUGGUACAUUUACCCUCAUCUCUGCCGCCAUUCUAUUUUCACUAUUGUCCUAUGGUCUGCUGUCGUUUUAUGUGCACUGUUGUCCUCAGCCUUGCAACCAUGAUAUAUAGUUUACUCUUGUCCUCAGUCUUGCAACCAGGAUAUAUAGUUUACUCUUGUCCUCAGUCUUGCAACCAGGAUAUAUAUUUUACUCUUGUCCUCAGCCUUGCAACCAGGAUCUAUAUUUUACUAUUGUCCUCAUUCUUGCAAUCAGGAUAUUUGGUUUACUCUUGUCCUCAGACUUGCAUCCAUGAUAUAUAUGUUACUCUUGUCCUCAGUCUUGCAACCAGGAUAUAUAGUUUACGAUUAUCCUCAGUCUUGCAACCAGGAUAUAUAGUUUACUCUUGUCCUCAGUCUUGCAUCCAUGAUAUAUAUUUUACUCCUGUCCUCAUCCUUGCAACCAUGCCAUAUCUUUUACUCUUGUCCUCAGCCUUGCAACCAUGCUAUAUCUUUUACUCCCGUCCUCAGCUGUGCUACCCUGCCAUACCUUUUACUCCUGUCCUCAGCUGUGCUACCCUGCCAUACCUUUUACUCCUGUCCUCAGCCUUGCAACCCUGCCAUAUCUUUUACUCCCGUACUCAGCCAUGCAACCAUGCUAUAUCUUUUACUCCUGUUCGCAGCUGUGCUACGUGUUCAUCCUACUCGUGUUGAUCGGCUGGGGGCCGUUUGCCUUCCUCUGCACCUCCACCAUGUUGGGCGGCGCCCGUGGCCUCUCCAUGCUGGCGGCCAGCAUUCCGCCUCUGGCCUGCAAGUGCAUGGUGUCCGCUUAUCCCCUGGCGUACGCUGUGACCUCUCCUCGAUUCCGUCACAGCUUUAUGGCCGUCCUUGGAGGUUCUGAGAAAAAGCAAGAUUAGAUUAAGUCAAGGGUAAAAUUAUUCAAUGCUAUGUUCAUAUUAUACAGAUAGAUUAUGUUCAAACACUUUACCUUAAUGAAAUAGAAUAUAUAAGCUUUAAUUAUCAUACGAGAAAAAAAAUUGAGUUGCUUCAGCAAUUCUACAAAUAACAUUAAAGUAAAGUAAAAGUCACUUAAUUCAUUUAUGUACAAACUAUUAUUGUUGUUUUUUUUUUAAAGAAGGUAAAAAAUAAAAAGAAUGGGCACAAGUCCCUCACGAAAAUGACAUCAGCAGAACGGAUCAAAAGUGGGUUGACAUACGAUAUAAAAAUUAAAGGGGGAAGUGCAUCAGAGCUACGUAAAAUUUGCAUUUUAUACCAAAAGAUACACAAAUAUUACAUUUUAUUUACAAGAAUUUCCUAUGUUAAUCUGCCUAAUUUAAGUUUAAUUGAUAUUUCCACUGCACGUCUUACAAAUGAAGUUACCUUGAAGUGGUCGAAAAAUCGGCGAGCUCGAAAAAGAAUUGUUGCUUUAUAAAAAUACAACUAUAGCUUAUAUAAGUACAAAUUUGUAUAUUGACUUGAAUCUUUGUUUUUCCAAAUUUUUUUACCAAAAAUAUUUCAAGCUUGAAAGGGGCGCUAUUUCAUUUCUUGCAUUAUGCGCCUUGUGUCGUCGAUACACCUCUGCAUGAGUCUCACUGGUGAAUUUAAAUGAAUAAAAUAGUUGAGUAUAAUCCAAUGCCUUAAAUCGUUAUAAAAUAUUUAUAUGCUUUCUUCUGUUUUCUUUUAUAGUUGGUUGCUCUACUGCAGUCUAGAAAAGAAAAUUGUAAAAAAUAAAAUAAUUAAUUCAUUUUUUUUAGUAUGAAUCUCAUUGUUAUAAUUAUAACAUUCCAUAACACGAUAACUCGUUUUAAUGUUCAAUGCACUCAUUUUCGCGUCACUUAUACAACUUUAACUAAUAUAUAUAUUUAAUUGCGAAAAGUUAUAACCAGACUUUCGCGACUACGCAGUGCCGCCAUUGCAGGGUUUGGCACAGUUGGCCCGCUGACACGUUGAAUCUGGCCAGCAAUACCUUUCAGGAAGUUGAUUCAUGUUCUUG